GGGCUAUGUGUUUCAUUACAAAUGAGCCUAGGAGUGGGUUCAGAAUUUCAUACGCACAUAUUGUUUAUUUCUGUAUUGUUUGAUCAAUAGACUAAUGUGAAUAUUUAUAUCUUGACAUGGCUUCUUGUAAAAUUAAUGAUUAAAAGUACGCUAUAGAUUCCACAUGAAGUCUGAUGCUUACACAUCAUGUGGCAUUAUGUGCGUAUACCCUGGGAUAUCAUAUGAUAUACAUGUAUGUAUAGGAUUGAAUUCAUAGCCAUAUUUGGAACUAUAAUAGUGGUAUUGCAUUUAGUUACAGUUGCACACCCCACUGAGCUCAGUCAGCUCACUUACUGAUCAAAGAAGAUGGCCCUGACCUCCUCUCUUUGUUUGAUUGCUCUUCUGCUGGUCCUGCCUUGCUGCUUGGGUCACAUGCACCUUGCUAAGUACAAUUUUAGGAGGGUUCUCCAUCCUCAAUAUACUCUCUACUGGAACUACAAUCCAACAGACAGGAACCUUACCUUUGCAGUCAGAGUACAGACUACAGGAUGGGUUGGAUUUGGUAUUUCACCUAAUGGAGGAAUGGUUGGAUCUGAUGUAGUCAUUGGAUGGGUACAGGAUGGACGUAGCUACUUUAAUGAUAGGUUUGCUACUGCCCAGUCUACUCCAGCAAUUGAUAUGCAGCAGGACUGGUUUCUGAUAAGUGCUGAAGAGGAAAAUGGAUACACUACACUUGAAUUCACUCGUAAUUACACUUCAUGUGAUGGUAACAAUCAAGACAGGAAUAUUACAGUAAGACAGUAGCCAGUAUUUAUCAUGUUAUGAAUAAUGC